GACAUCAUUGAUCUGGAUAUGUAGUUGAUGAUCGCUUCAACGGCGCUGCAGAGGGUGCUUUUCUUUCCAAUGUGACGGGAGUAGUAGGUAGUCGGACAAGUCAAAGUGGGUGAACUUUUCCAGGACCUCACAACAGACAGUAGGAGCUUUGGCGUGGGCACAUCGAUUUCAAGCAGUGAUUGGAGCCCCCGAGGCCAAGAUGAAAGGUGAUUGCUAACCCACAACCCAGGGUGUGGUGCUUCCUACAACCGGGACUUGAAGAGUCAAGUCCCCGCCAAGCCAUCAAGACCUUCGUCAAAAUGACAGGCCUUCUCUCAACCCCAAUCUACCCCGGGUUCUUUGGACAUCGGCAUCGUUGGAAGCGAAGAACCACCCGAAAUGACAAAUCUGUGAUAUGGUCUUUCGUCUUCCUCACGUUAUUAACAAACAUCCCAGUAUCCAUUGCACAAUUCGGAAAAACAAGGCGACAGGUUGCUACAUAUGACAAUCGAAAAUGGAACAACAAUGCUAAUAACAGGUUUAGAAAUGUUGGUGCCUCUGAUGUCAGCUACAACGACUAUUUCGGAUCACAAUUGCAAAAUCAGAGCCCAUACAAUACAGUUCCGGGGGCCACUGGUGACUCAGGGUGCAGAUCAAAGGGUGGAGAUUGCUGCCAAGCAAUGUGCUUGGCUGAAAAGGGAUCACGGGGACCUCCAGGAUUGACUGGUCCUAGGGGUGAACAAGGAAGACAAGGAUUUCCCGGCGUUGAAGGAUUGCCCGGGCCAAAAGGAGAGCGGGGCUUGGAUGGACCUCAAGGACCCAGAGGAUCAAAGGGUGACAGAGGCAAAACUGGCGUGCCUGGGCAUCCUGGAUUCAAAGGAGACCACGGAAUAUCUGGAAUACCAGGAAUACCUGGAACACCUGGAAUGCCUGGCUGUAACGGAACCGACGGUGAGCGAGGAGACUCUGGAUUUCCUGGAGCUCCGGGACCUCGAGGCUUCCCAGGUCUACCUGGUUCAAAGGGAAUCAAAGGAGAACCUGCUUAUGCUAGACCUGGAGCAGUUGGUCAAAAGGGAGAACCAGGUUUGGAUGGUUCCCCGGGAAAUCCCGGAAUGCCAGGAGCUCAAGGCCUCCCUGGGAUGAAAGGUGACAGGGGCGAAUCAGGCCCAGAGGGCAAACCCGGGUCUCCUGGUGAUAAAGGCCAGAAAGGAGAAAGAGGAAUCACAUUUUAUGGCCAGAAAGGACAGGCUGGACAAAAGGGUCCUCGUGGACCUCCUGGCCAAUAUAACGGAAUUUCUCAAGUGGGUCCACUUAAUCCCGAAAUAAAUUCCACAGUUUUUCGAGGACCUCCAGGUGACCAAGGAAUGAAAGGGGACAAUGGCCCACCUGGACCACCAGGGUUAAAAGGAGAAAAAGGAGAUCGAGGGUUCAACGGGCUCAACGGAAACCUGGGAGAAAAAGGAUUGCCCGGCCCCCCUGGACCAAGAGGAAGAGAGGGCCGAUUUGGUCCUCCCGGACCAAUUGGCCAAAAAGGUGAUCAAGGGCGAGAUGGAUAUGACGGUUUGCCAGGACGACCAGGGCAAAAGGGAGACCCAGGUUUACCUGGAAGUGAUGGGCCAUCUGGGUUACCAGGGCCUGUUGGUAUGCCUGGGGGUGGAGUUGGAACGCCCGGACCUAUUGGCCCUACCGGUCCCAGAGGAUUUCCCGGACCACCUGGUCAGCCAGGACGCGACGGAUUUGACGGUGCCCCAGGUAUCAAAGGCGAUAUUGGCCCAGCUGGAGGAUCAGGUUUGCCUGGAUUGCCAGGACCAGAAGGCCCACCUGGAGUAAAAGGGGAGAAAGGGACGUCAGGACAGACUGGAUUCCCAGGUAACCCUGGCCUGCGGGGUGAAAGGGGACCACCAGGUGCCCAAGGUCUUCCUGGCAUUAAAGGAGACAAAGGAAUGUCAAUUCCGGGAGCCCGAGGCAAAGACGGCUUCCCCGGGAGGCCUGGUAUGUCCGGGAGCAAGGGAGAAAGGGGCUAUCCAGGUGAACGUGGAGUUCCUGGUGAUGCUUUGAAAGGUACUCCUGGGCCUCCAGGUCAGCUUGGACCGAUUGGAGAGAAGGGUAGAGAUGGUAUGCCUGGAAGGCCUGGUUUGCCAGGUUUAAAGGGAGACAAAGGUCUGAAAGGAGGAGAGUGUCCGUCUUGUUUCCCUGGUCCCAAGGGUGAUAAAGGAGAACCCGGAAAGGAUGGUACAGAUGGUCGUCCUGGAGAACGAGGUCCAUCUGGUGGAAGUGGUUUAAAGGGUGAACGAGGUGAUGAUGGACCAACUGGACCCCCUGGACUUCCUGGAACAGGCGGGCAACCAGGACGAGAAGGCCUGCCUGGACCGAAAGGAGAAAAGGGCAAAGAUGCUAUUGUUGCUGAAAAUUUACUCAAAGGUGGAUCUGGGCCUAAAGGUGAACGAGGUGAAAAUGGAUUUCCUGGGCCUCAAGGUCCUCCUGGUUCGCCAGGUUUGACAGGAUUGCCAGGUCCGGUUGGGCUCCCAGGCAUCAAGGGAGAUCAAGGGCCCAAGGGCUUGGAUGGAUUUCCAGGAAGAAAUGGAGUGCCAGGCCCUCCUGGAAUAACAGGUCCUCCAGGCAGACCGUUGAAAGGAGAUAUUGGACCUCCAGGAGCAAUUGGUGCGCCUGGUGAGAGAGGAGAUGAUGGAGAUUUGGGACCAAGGGGAGAGCCAGGAGAUUGCCCACCAAUGGAAGCUGAUGCAUCCACUGUGGGGCCCAAAGGAGAACCAGGUAUUCCAGGACGACGAGGCGAAAAGGCAGAAAAAGGAGAACCUGGUCCAAUGGGACCCCCUGGACCAAGUGGACCAAAAGGGGAUAGAGGACAACAAGGAAAUCCUGGGCCUUAUGGCACUCCUGGUCAGCCGGGAUUGAAGGGAGAUAGAGGAAUUCCUGGUGUAAUAGGAUUCCCAGGACCAAAAGGAGAUCAAGGCUUGCCUGGAUUGCCUGGAAGAUUGGGUGAUAAAGGAUUCAAAGGAGAUGCCGGUAUUCCCGGAGUCGGGCCUCCAGGGCCAUCUGGCUUACCAGGCAUGAAAGGCGAAAAAGGACUACCUGGUUUACCUGGCAAGACUGGGCCGGCUGGAAAUCCAGGAAAGAUUGGAUUUCCUGGUCAGAAGGGAGAUCAAGGACUGGAUGGGCUUCCUGGAUUAUAUGGAGUCAAAGGAGACAAGGGUAAUUCAGGCCCUCUUGGACCUCAAGGUCCCCCAGGCCCUCCUGGACCUCCAGGUCGAGAUGGUCCAAAAGGAAAUCCAGGACCUUUGGGAGAAAACGGAGCCCCAGGAAUGCCUGGAAGACCUGGAGAAAAGGGUGACAAAGGUUUCUCUGGCCGAGAUGGUAUUAAAGGCUUUCCUGGCUUGCCUGGUCGACCUGGUGUUCCCGGCAUUAGAGGCUUGGAUGGUUUGCCAGGAUCAAAGGGAGACCAAGGCCAAGUAGGAUUUCCUGGUGGACCUGGGAAUCCUGGGGUGAGUGGAAAUCCUGGCGCACCAGGAUUUCCUGGAGCAAAGGGGGAUAUAGGACCAAUUGGACCAAAUGGGAGACCUGGUAUGCCUGGCCAGCCUGGGCAAAAGGGACGUGAUGGGCUUCCAGGACCUAUGGGACCAAGAGGUUUUCCGGGAAAUGUUGCUGCCAAAGGUGACAAGGGUAACGCGGGACUUCCUGGGCCUCCUGGUCAAGUGGGUGCUCCUGGAAUGGAUGGGAUCCCAGGAACAAAGGGUGACUCAGGUCUGCCUGGGUUUGGAAGACCUGGUCUUAAAGGCGACAAAGGAGAGCGUGGUUCGUCUGGUGCGCCUGGUUUCCCUGGAAUGAAGGGCGAAAAAGGAAAUGCAGGCAUGGUUGGCUUACCCGGGCCCAAAGGAGAACGUGGUUCUAAUGGAUUUGCUGGAAUGCCUGGCAUGCAAGGUCUUGACGGUCGUCCAGGAAUGAAAGGAGAACCUGGAAUCCCUGGAAUUGAUGGAAGGCCAGGAAUGAAAGGGAAUACUGGAUUUCCUGGGAAACCCGGCAACGAUGGAAGAAUUGGUAAUCCUGGUCCAGCUGGUCCUAAAGGUUAUCCUGGCAUGCCUGGACAACGCGGCGACAAGGGAGCUAUCGGUCUCCCUGGGCGACCUGGAUUGCAAGGAAUCAAAGGCGAUAAAGGCGACCGUGGAACAACAGGUUUGCCCGGACUUCCAGGAGUAAAAGGAGAAAGAGGCUUUCCAGGACCGGAAGGAAAUAAUGGUUUGCCAGGAGACAAGGGCAGAGAUGGCAUGCCAGGAAUUCCAGGCCAGCCAGGAAUGAACGGACAAAAGGGAAUGAGUGGAUCUCCAGGAGUACCAGGUCAAAGUGGUGAAACUAUCAAAGGCGAAAAAGGCUUGCCUGGAGUGCCAGGAAAGCAAGGGCGUCCUGGUCAACCAGGGUUCCCCGGAAUCAAAGGUGAUGAAGGUGUGCCUGGUUUGCCUGGCAGAGAUGGACAAAAGGGAGAUACAGGACCUCAAGGCUUUCCCGGCCCAAGAGGCGAGGCUGGACCAACAGGGCCACCAGGAAUGCCGGGACGUGAUGGAAUGAAAGGAAAUUCUGGCAUGCCUGGCAUUCCAGGUUUCCCCGGACAAAAGGGAAACAAUGGGCAAAGUGGUCCGCCAGGCCCGCCUGGUUUAAAGGGUGAGCCUGGUACCCCAGGAAGAACAGGGAUCACAGGAUUCCCCGGAAUAAAAGGAGAUGCAGGUGACAAUGGACCUCCAGGUCGCCCUGGAACCCCGGGUCUACAAGGAACAAAGGGAGACUCAGGUCCACCCGGUCCAUUUGGCCCACCUGGAAUUCAGGGAGAGAAAGGGCAAGCUGGACGGCCCGGUAUGCCUGGUAUGAAAGGGAACCCUGGAGUCCCUGGCAUUAGAGGACCUCCCGGUAAUCCAGGACUCCCCGGCUUACCUGGCCUUCAAGGUUCGCCAGGCAUUCCCGGAAUCAAGGGAGACAGGGGGAAAGCUGGCUUUGAUGGCGUUCCUGGUCCUCCUGGGCUUCCAGGCAUGAAAGGUGACGCUGGUUUUGAAGGUCGACCUGGCUUAUCUGGCCCUCCUGGUAUCCCAGGUACACCUGGUCGAGAUGGUCAAGACUGUCAAGCUGACUCAACAUAUCUGUCAGGGAAUCUCCUCGUUCGUCAUAGUCAAGCAGCUAGCAUACCAUUGUGUGGGGAAGGUGAAGAAAAACUUUGGGAUGGAUACUCCAUGCUGUAUAUUGAAGGAAACGAGAAGGCCCACCAUCAAGAUCUGGGUAUGGCUGGCUCAUGCAUCAACCGGUUCAAUACCAUGCCUUUCUUGUUCUGUGAUGUCAAUGAUGUCUGCAAUUAUGCUAGUAGAAAUGACAAGAGUUACUGGCUCUCCACCAAUGCUCCCAUCCCCAUGAUGCCUGUGGCAGAAUUUGCCAUCCGGGAAUUCAUUUCCAGAUGUGUGGUUUGUGAGACUAGAGCAAAUGUAAUGGCCGUCCACAGUCAAGAUGAAAAUGUGCCCGACUGUCCAAAUGGUUGGGGCAGCCUUUGGUUGGGAUACAGCUUUGCCAUGCACACUGCCGCUGGUGCCGAAGGAGGCGGCCAGUCUCUCUCUAGCCCUGGCUCUUGUCUCAAAGACUUCAGAGCCACGCCAUUUAUCGAGUGUUCGGGAGGGCGUGGCACUUGCCACUACUUUGCCAACAAAUUUUCCUUCUGGUUGGCCACCAUCGAUCCCAACGCCCAAUUCAACCAACCCAUUCCUCAAACACUGAAAGCGGGAACCUUGAGAAUGCGUGUCAGCCGUUGUCAGGUGUGCAUGAAGCAAACGUGAUGAGGGCACUAGCGGAUAAUCAGCGGAAAGAAAUCCGCGUUGCCUUUAAACGCCAGAGCAGAAAAAUACCAUAUGUUAGCAGAGACAAUAAUUCUACGAAAUGUGAAGGGAUUGUAGGGAAUGAAUGAAGCCAAAUGAUCUAUAAAUUAAGGUAGUAGAGAUUUUUCCAAGCAACUUUCGGUAUUGAAGUUCAAAGUGAUGCAAAUGAUGAAAAAUUCCAAGACACCUUGUGGAGUCGUGAAUGAGAAGCCAAGGCCAUUUGAUCAGUAGGAAUGGACGCUGAAAUGAAUCUAUGAACAAUUUUGAACAAUGUAAAGAUGUCAAGUAACGUUUUAAGAAGAAAUACACUGCCACAAGUUAUACCAUGGCACCAUCUGCCAA